GAUGAGCUGAAGCGAUACCUCGCUUCCGACCCUGUGCCGGUAACAAACCCCAUCCAAUGGUGGCAGGACCGUCGCAAGGCCUAUCCCCGCCUCUCCCGCAUGGCCAUCGACUAUCUCACCAUCCCCACAACUGCGGUCGAUGUGGAGCGCGUUUUCAGCCGCGGGAGGGUGCUCCUCUCGCACGUUCGGAACAGGAUGACCACCGAGACGACACGUGCAGCGAUGUGCCUUGGCAUCUGGAGCGAGCACGAUCUCAUCGACAUUGGCGACCUCAAGGCAGUCACGGCACAG